UCUUAGCACGUUUUCGAUUGCGCAAAGUUGCCGAGUGCCGGCACCGCGAAGAAUUUGGACAAAGUUUUUGGUUGUUUCCUGCCCUAGAACCCUCCAAAGAUGACUAUCAGCAGUCUGAUACGCUCGCGGUGCACGUUGGCCGCGGCCAGGACGUUCCUCGAGCAAAAUGCACGAUCGUUCUCCAGCCCGACCGCGUUAGCGGAGCACAAACCGCUCGAGAAGAUCCGGAAUAUCGGCAUCUCAGCACACAUCGACAGCGGCAAGACGACGCUCACCGAACGGAUCCUCUUCUACACCGGACGCAUCAAGGAGAUGCACGAGGUGAAGGGGAAGGAUAACGUGGGGGCCACGAUGGAUUCGAUGGAGCUGGAGCGGCAGCGCGGUAUCACGAUCCAGUCGGCGGCGACCUACACGAUCUGGAAGGACCAUAACAUCAACAUCAUCGACACACCCGGUCACGUGGACUUUACGGUGGAGGUCGAGCGAGCUCUGCGUGUCCUGGACGGUGCCAUUCUGGUGCUGUGCAGCGUUGGUGGCGUCCAGAGUCAAACGCUCACGGUGAAUCGGCAGAUGAAGCGCUACAACGUGCCCUGUCUGGGAUUCAUCAACAAGCUUGACCGGGCCGGAGCCAACCCGUACCGUGUGCUGGGUCAGAUGCGCUCGAAGCUGAACCACAAUGCCGCCUUCGUACAGCUACCGAUCGGUGUCGAGAGCAACUGUAAGGGUGUGAUCGAUUUAAUCAAACAGAAAGCUCUCUACUUCGAGGAACCGUUCGGAUUGAAGAUACGCGAGGAUGAAAUUCCGGCCGACAUGCGGACGGAGUGCACCGAACGACGACAGGAGCUGAUCGAGCAUCUGUCGAAUGUUGACGACAAACUGGGAGAACUGUUCCUGGAGGAGAAGGUUCCGACCGAGCAGGAUGUAAUGAGUGCGAUCCGGCGAGCAACGUUGAAGCGUGUAUUUACCCCGGUGCUUGUUGGUACCGCGUUGAAGAACAAGGGGGUGCAACCGUUGUUGAAUGCCGUCCUCGACUAUCUGCCACACCCGGGCGAGGUGGAAAAUAUUGCGCUGAUCGAGAAACGAGACCAGGAGGCACAGAAAGUGGUGCUGAAUCCGGCUCGUGAUGGUAAAGAUCCGUUCGUAGGACUUGCGUUCAAGCUGGAAGCGGGCCGAUUUGGUCAGCUUACAUACCUGCGCUGUUAUCAGGGCGUUCUGCGAAAGGGUGAUAACAUCUUCAACACUCGCUCGGGCAAGAAGAUCCGUUUGGCACGACUCGUGCGCCUUCACUCCAACCAGAUGGAGGACGUGAAUGAGGUUUACGCUGGGGACAUCUUCGCGCUAUUCGGUGUCGACUGUGCUUCCGGUGAUACUUUCGUUACGAAUCCUAAGCUAGAGCUAUCGAUGGAAUCAAUAUUCGUGCCCGAUCCUGUCGUUUCGAUGGCCAUUAAACCAUCGAACUCGAAGGAUCGUGAUAACUUCGCGAAAGCAAUCGCUCGCUUCACUAAAGAGGAUCCGACGUUCCACUUCGAGUACGAUGCCGACAUCAAGGAAACGCUGGUGUCCGGUAUGGGAGAACUGCAUCUCGAGAUCUAUGCCCAGCGAAUGGAGCGUGAAUACAACUGUCCGGUAACGCUCGGCAAACCGAAGGUGGCAUUCCGUGAAACACUUGUCACCCCGUGUGAGUUCGAUUAUUUGCACAAGAAGCAAUCCGGUGGUCAGGGUCAGUUUGCCCGCGUGACGGGUAUCCUGGAACCGCUCCCACCAACGCAGAACACAGUGAUCGAGUUCGCCGAUGAAACGAUGGGCACGAACGUACCGAAACAGUUCAUUCCCGGUAUCGAGAAAGGAUUCAAACAGAUGGCCGAACGGGGCUUGUUGUCCGGCCACAGACUGUCCGGUAUUAAAUUCCGUCUCCAGGAUGGUGCUCACCAUAUUGUUGAUUCGAGCGAACUGGCGUUUAUGUUGGCAGCUCAGGGUGCAAUCAAGAGCGUGUUCGAGAAUGGUCGCUGGCAAAUCCUAGAGCCUAUUAUGAUGGUGGAGGUGACUGCACCGGAAGAGUUCCAAGGUACGGUGAUCGGUCAGUUGAACAAACGACACGGUAUCAUUACAGGCACGGAAGGUGCCGAAGGUUGGUUCACGGUGUACGCCGAAGUGCCGUUAAACGAUAUGUUCGGGUACGCGGGAGAGCUGCGUUCGAGUACGCAGGGUAAGGGGGAGUUUAGCAUGGAAUACAGCCGUUACUCACCCUGUCUGCCGGAGGUACAGGAGAAGCUGGUGCAUGAUUACCAGGUGUCUCAGGGGUUGGUUGUCGAUAAGAAACAAAAGAAGAAAAACUAGACACCUAGGCCCGAAAAGGCCAUUUGUAAAUAAUCGUUUCGGGUGCUUUAUGUUAAAUCUUAAAAAUUAUUUGAUCUACUGUAAGCCACUAAUAAAUCACGGCGCACACACGCAUUCGUGUGGCCUAUUCGAAUAGAGGAACUA